AAUGACAGCAACAAACAAAACUAAUUAGUACUACAGUGAUGAAACACAAAUCCAAAGCCCAUUUACGAUCCUAAUACCAAUGUGAUAUAUUCCCCUUCAUUCACUGGGCCUGGGGCUAUUUUUCCUGUAUGUCUAACCAGGAAGCCUGUCAUGGGUUGAAGUAACUACCCCUCUAACUCUGUUGGAACUUGUCGACUGACGCCAAUUCAUAAACGCUCCGGGUGCAAGUAAGUAUCAGGUAGCUGCACGUUGUGAUCCUCCAGCACCUGGAGCUCCUCGUUUUCUUCAUUUCUGUGUCUCCGCUGGGGGAGAUGAGAAGGGGAAGGAUUGUUUUUGUACAAAUGAUCUAAAAGUGAGCGUUGGAUGGACAAUCUAACUACAGUCAAGCCGGUCAGUUCAGGAGUACGAGGUGGAGAAAGAAGCAAAGAGAGUGAGAUCAGAGCGAGGCUGCAGAGUGCGUCUCCUACUUCAAGCUGGACGGAGCUGGACGAUGUGAAGCGUCUCCUCAGAGGGAAUCGAUCCGUCCCCACUCAGUCCCCCAACAACACGCUGCCCAUCCCCAAGAAGGCCAGCUUGGAGACCAAGACCCUGUCUGAGAGCUCCAGCACAGGUUCAACGAUUAAAAAUCAACAAAUGCUCCUCCAGAAUAAUAGCAGAAUACUGGCAGCUGGGGUCACCCGUGUUUUACUGUAUUGUCAGUGUAAUAGUUGUAAUUUACUUAAACAGUGA